AUGGACUACUCAGCUUGUGCGAUCAAAUCUGAUAGCCUGAUAUCUGCGGAACUUGCACAAUCCUUGAAAGAUACUGUCAGGUCCCUUGAGGAGGUACCAGAGAAUGAAAGGGACUGGCACCCAGGCAGUGACAAGAAGGUUCUCGAUUUGGUUCACCCAUCACUCUAUCCCCUCGCUUACGGCUUAACUCGGAGCAUUGGCAUCUCCGAUGCUCUUGAGCACUGCGGCACAGGAACCAUCCUGCCAAAACCAUACCCUGUCGAGGUCUGCGGUCAACCCGGGUCAUAUUCUGAGCUUAAACUAUCCUCUCUGUCGAAGAAGUUCCAGCGGUUGCCCUGCGAUGUCGACAUCUCGACGGACGGUACUGCAGGAGGACAUGAACCAGGGCCUCAAUGGGAAAUGGAAUUUCUUUGA